AUAUGGAGUUGGCCAAUGGGGAUCUUCAUAAUAAGCGAGCCAGUACUACUGAUGACCAUGAGGAUCUCCUCAAGCCUCAAGCUCACAUAUGGAACCACAUCUUCAACUUCAUAAACUCCAUGUCCCUCAAGUGUGCCAUCCAGCUGGGCAUCCCCGACGCCAUCCACCGCCACGGCGGCGGGCCCAUGGCCCUCCACCAGCUGGUGAUGGAGCUGCGCGUCCCCCCCGCCAGAGCCCCCGCCGUCGCCCGACUCAUGCGCCUCCUCGUCCACUCCAGCUUCUUCGCCUCCGCCAAAUGUAGAAUCAACGGCCACGAAGAAGAAGAAGAAGGCUACGUCCUCACGGCUGCCUCCCGCCUCCUCGUCAAGGACGACCCCAUGAGCGUGACACCCUUUGUGCUAGCCAUGCUGGACCCCGUGCUGACGGAGCCCUGGCACAUGCUUGCCGCCUGGUUCCAAAACGACGUCCCUUCGGCGUUUCAGUUGGCGCACGGGAGGCCCUUUUGGGAAAGGAUGAGUGGAGGGGGACUGAAUAAGCUGUUUAAGGAAGCGAUGGCCAGUGACACCCGGCUGGUGGGGAGGGUGGUGGUGAGCGAGUGCCGGGGAGUGUUCGAGGGGAUGAAGUCGGUGGUGGACGUGGGCGGGGGCACGGGGACUUUGGCUAUGGCCAUCGCGCGGGCGUUCCCGGCGGUGAGGUGCACGGUGCUUGACCUGCCGCACGUGGUUGAGGGCUUGCAAGCGCAGCAGCAGCAGUGGUGUGAGAAUUUGCAGUUUCUUGGAGGAGACAUGUUUGAGGCUAUUCCACCCGCGGAUGCUGUAUUACUUAAGUGGAUAUUGCAUGAUUGGAGCGAUGACGAGAGUGUAAAAAUACUAAAGCGAUGCAAAGAGGCCAUUCCCAGUAAAGAAAAGGGGGGGAAGGUGAUAAUAAUCGACAUGACAUUAAUGGAUCAGAGCCUGCAAAAAGAAAGAUUAUCAUCAUUAGACGAUGAUAAUGAUGAUAAACGGUCUCAGUUUGUGGAAACCCAACUGUUCUUUGAUGUGCUGAUGAUGACUUUGGUCACUGGGAAAGAGCGGACUAAGAAAGAAUGGGCAAAGCUCUUCUGCGAUGCUGGCUUCAGUGACUACAAGAUCACCCCCGUCUUGGGUUUAAGAAGUCUCAUUGAGGUAUAUCCCUAACUAGUUUAUGUUGAAAAUUAAACUUGACUAGGGUCAUCGGCAGUCGCACCAAUUAGCCGUUUCUGUUGACAUUGGAGAUUGGCGGCAACCAACUCUUCACCAACUUCAGCCCACCAUUAUUGAUUAUAAUCUUCACUUAUCGUCAGAUGCUUUGCUAUAAAUAGA